AUGCCCAAGAAGGUAUCCCAACUGUUCCCAGCCUCCCAACGUUCUUCAUCGCCUCCACAAGCCAUGCUUCAAAUUUCCAUGCGCGUUCAACUUCUUGCAGUGCUUUGUCAUGGUCUCCCAUCGCUUCCGGAUUUUCUCGAAGUGUCUGAAGACCUCUUGGAGUGGAAGAAAUGGAAGCAGGAGUUUGCAGAAUAUCAGUUUCCAACGGUGCAGCCACCCGAAAAAAUGCUCCCAACGACUGAUCAGCUCGCUGCUCUACCGCCUCCAGAAGCACGGGCUAGGUUCAACUAUUAUUUCGCUGUUGGGGCAAUACUGUACUUUGGGACACAAGUCAUAGGUUGUGCGAUAUUUUGGUGUGGCGGAUGGGACAAGCGAUGGAAGACCCUGCCAACUUCGGAGCCUGCAACAGAUGGGGGCGAUGAAAGCUCAGCACCACUAUUGAGCAUUCGAGUUGAGAAGUAUCUGGCCGGAACCGUUUGUGCCCUGUCCAUGGGCGCUUGCUUUGCAGUAGUGACCUUCAGUUUGAUGACGGGUAGACUAUCCAAGAGGACCGGCCUCGAUUGGGAGCUAUACAUGAUCCUUUUCGGUGCCAGCUGCUUGUGGAGUUUGGUACAAGCAGUUCUACGCGUCUGCAUUUUCAGAGAAGGGCUACCCCCACUGUUUUUUGUUUCUUCCACACUUACCAUUCUUCCAAUAGUUGGCGACUCGUGCGACACGCUGCGUGACAUUAUAUUUGGUGGCCUCUGCUUCAUGUCUGACAACAUGUGGCUCAAGGGUCUCGGCAUCCUCAGUUGGGUACAUGUCGUGGGGCUCCACGUCUAUUUCAUGGUGAAGGGUGGCCGGUUCACAGGGUUCCUGGCGGGGUCCUACCUUUCGGUAUUGAGCCUGCCGCCAGUGAGAGUGGGUGAGCCGAAGAGAAUGCUGAUGCGAUUGGUGUUCCUGCAGGUUACGCCCACCAGAAGGCAGAUGUUGGUCGUAGAACAAAUUCCGCAAGCUCUUUUUGCCAUAGUCUUCUUGCUAUUCGAAGGCGGAGCACUAUUUGUGGCGAUUGUCAAUGGUUUCCUGCCUGUCAUGCAAGUAUGUUUGUGCUUGAUGCUGUACGAACCUGUAAGGGAAAGCUACACCAGGCCAUUGCUCAAGGAUGAUCUUGCAAUCUCUAAACCUGCUCUGGAUGCCGAAAAAAUCUGUUUCGGGGGUCGCAUGACACAUGCGAGCGCUGAGUGCGUGGUUUCAUUUCCAGGCAAGUUUUCGAGAGCAUGGAAGUUGUGCACCGGAGGCCAUCACCGAAUGAGCGUUGCUUGCGUCUUUCUUCCAAACGAAAAAGAUGGCUUUGGCAAGCAUAGCGAACCCUGCAUGUGUGGUCAACUCUAUGGGUGGAGGGAUGCCAAGGAGUUCGGCUACAAGGAAGUAGAGUGGUCCGAGUGGGAGGACAACGGGCGCCGACCUAAGUGGGGAUGCAAGUGGUUUGAAGGAUGGCGAAUCAAUGUGGAGCAAGCACAUGCGAGCAACCAACGGCUCAUUGCAUAUUUCUUUCCAGACGAAGUUAACGUGGAGGGUGGCGAGGUCGAUUGGAAUGAGCUUGCCACUGCAGAGCUCUGGAACGGCAAGGGCUUAGGUGGCUCCCAAAAGGGAGAGGUUGCGUGGUUGAAGAAGAAUAAGUACGAAUUUGAGAGGCGGGACGUAAGGGAGCUGUUCGAGGAGCUAGAUGGUUUCUUAGGCUGA